AUGUCGCUGCCGAGAAAGAGCCAGCUCGCCAUUCUGGGCCUCUGUCGCGUCUUCGACUUCUUGCAGAUAGCCUCGUUGCAGGCGUACAUGUUCUACCAGCUCAAGUCGUUCGACGAGACCCUCUCCGACGCCGACGUCUCGACCCAGGCCGGCAUCCUCCAGGGCGCGUUUACUGCCGCCCAGUUCGCGACCGCCAUCCCCUGGGGCCGUGUCGCUGAUGCGCAGUGGGGAGGCCGCAAGUUCGUCCUGCUGGUCGGGCUGAUCGGGACGGCCAUCUCGUGCCUGGGCGUCGCCUUCGCAACGUCGUUUGGCCAGGCCGUCUUCUGGCGCUCGUUUGGCGGCGCCAUCAACGGCACCGUGGGCAUCAUCCGGACUAUGAUCGCCGAGAACGUGAAGGAGAAGAAAUACCACUCGCGCGCGUUCCUGAUCCUGCCCAUUGGGUUCAACAUUGCCGCUCUCUUUGGACCAGUUCUGGGAGGACUGCUGUCAGAUCCAGUAGCGACUUAUCCCCAGAUCUUUGGCCCAAAUUCUCCGUUGGGUGGCGCCAAUGGAGUUCAGUGGCUCGAAAAGUAUCCGUAUUCCCUGCCCAUGUUGCUGAACUUUUUCUUGUUGAUGCUGUGUGCGACGUUGGUUGCCGUCGGUUUGGAGGAGACACUGGAAGCCUGCAAGGGUAGACCAGGCCUGGGAGCCCUCGCGGUGAGGAUGUUUACACGAGGCUUGAAGGCGGUUGUGCCGCCCUCGUCCGCCGUGUACUCCAAACUCCCGCUGCAGGACCUGACGGAGGAGGAGGGCCUCCUCGAGCAAUCGCCAGCAGAGCCAGGCGAGAGCUACGAGCUCGAAGCCAAGGCCGGGAAGCCCAAGCGGGUGGUUCGCGUACUGCCGUUCCGGCGGAUCUGGACCAAGAACGUCCUGUGCACGCUGUUGGCACAGGCGUUUUUCGACUUUCAAAUGGGCGCCUUCAACAACCUCUGGCUUCUCUUCCUCUCGACACCGAGAUACAACCCCGAAGACCCAACCAGUCCAACGCGCUAUCUGCCCUUCAUCUUCACAGGCGGCCUGGGCAUGCCACCGCAGAGCGUAGGCCUGGCGACCUCGAUCCUGGGCGUGAUCGGCAUGCUGCUGCAGUUCACCAUCUACCCGCGGAUCACGGCCAGGCUGGGCACGGCCAAGAGCUACCAGUACUUCCUGUGGCUGUUUCCGCUGGCGUACGCCUUUGCGCCGUACGUGUCGCUGGCGCCGUCGUCGUCGCCGCCGCCCGCGCAGGCAACGGGCUUCUGGGUAUGGCUGCUCAUCGUCCUCGUGCUCUUCCUCCAAGUCACAGCCCGCACCUUCACCCUGCCGACGUCCAUCAUCCUGCUAAACAACUGCUCGCCGCAUCCGUCCGUGCUGGGCACGAUCCACGGCAUCGGCCAGUCAGUCUCGUCGGCCUUCCGGACGGUAGGGCCCGUGUUCUCGGGCGCAUGGUACGGUUACGGGUUGGAUAUCGGCGUGGUAGGGUUCGCGUGGUGGAUGAUCGCGCUCGUGUCGAUUUUGGGCUGUAUCGCGGCGAUUUUCGUGUAUGAAGGGUCGGGUCAUGAGAUUAUUCUUCCUGGUGAAGAGGAGGUUGAGUCAUAG